UCAGGGAAAGAACAACAAAAUCACAAGUGUUUGCCUAUAACGUUUCCUCUGAUAAUCGAGUGAUAUGUACCUCAGCUGCAGUUACAAACGACCCGACACUACUUCCUUGAAGUUUGUUAUAGACCGUUCUAACUCAUUUCUCCCACAAACAACACCAGCCGUGCAGCGACGAUGAAGCUGGUGUGUUGUCCUGCUGUUGUGUUAGUUGUGGCAGUUAUUGGAUUAAAUACAGGUGCAGUUUUUCUGUCUGAGGACUCACCAUGGACAAUCACGGCUGGGACCACUGCAUCUGUCACUUGCGGAUACCAAAACAUAACAAACUACACAGUGUACUGGGAGAAAGAGGAACAUUCAAGGGUUACACCUGGAAAUGAAACUCUAAUUUUCCAAAACGUCCAAGUCACAGACCACGGAAACUACUCAUGCGUUAUUGAGGCGAAUGACACUGUACUGGAACAAAGAACCUUGGAAAUCCGUGUGAGCUAUCCUCCAGGGAAUAAUUCGAUAUCAGUCAGCAACAGAGUCAGAGCUAAUUACACCAUUUCGGGAGGUGCCAACGCCACUCUGGUCUGCUCUGUUGAUGGAUUUCCUCCUCCCUUCAUCACGUGGCGAAAGGAUGGCGACAUCAUAAAGGAAGAGAACCUCACAGACCGGUAUGGCCUCCGCCAGCCUCCCACUGACGGCUUCAUUAGUGUCUUCGACGUGAUCAACGCUGGGCGUGAAGACAGCGGCACCUAUGUAUGUACAGCCAACAACAGCGCCAACUACAAUGAUAGUCCGGAAGCCGAGGUGCACCUGGCCGAGCCUAACUAUCCACCGAGGCAUAUUUCGAUAUCUAUCAACAACCAACACGAAGAUAGUUACACCAUUCCAGAAGGUGCCAACGCCACUCUGGUCUGCUCUGUUGAUGGAUUUCCUCCUCCCUUCAUCACGUGGCGAAAGGAUGGCGCCAUCAUAAAGGAAGAGAACCUCACAGACCGCCAUGGCCUCCACCAGCCUCCGACUGACGGCUUCAUUAGUGUCUUCGACGUGAUCAACGCCGGGCGUGAAGACAGCGGCACCUAUGUAUGUACAGCUAACAACAGCGCCAACCAGAAUGAUAGUCCGGAAGCCGAGGUGCACCUGGUCGUGCCUAACUAUCCGCCGUGGAAUAUUUCGAUAUCAGUCGACAAGGGAGUCAGAGCUAAUUACACCAUUUCGGGAGGUGCCAACGCCACUCUGGUCUGCUCUGUUGAUGAAUUUCCUCCUCCCUUCAUCACGUGGCGAAAGGAUGGCGACAUCAUAAAGGAAGAGAACCUCACAGACCGCUAUGGCCUCCGCCAGCCUCCCACUGACGGCUUCAUUAGUGUCGUCGACGUGAUCAACGCCGGGCGUGAAGACAGCGGCACCUAUGUAUGUACAGCUAACAACAGCGCCAACCACAAUGAUAGUCCGGAGGCCGAGGUGCACCUAACAGUGCCUGAAUAUUUCCCAGUUUUACAAAAUCAAGGGGAACUUUCAAGGAGGUUCACAGUUGUUGAGGGAGAAUCAAUCGAGGUCAACUUCACAGUCGUCUCAAGUCCAAGGUCAUUAGUUGCGGGAUGGAGCCUUCAGGCAGAUGGAAGUAAUGAAACCAGUGUUUGGAGUAGGAGCGGUGACAAUUCUCUUUGGAACAUGAGGAACCGGACCUUGUCACCUGUUGUCCAGUUAUUUCAAUUCUACCACGUGAAUGUUACUGAAAACAUGACCGGUCUGUACAGGGUCAUCUUGACCAAUGGUCUUCGUCGUAAUCUGGAUUUGGAAUACAGUAUCGGAAUAGGAUAUGAUACCACUGCACGCAUCAUCAGUACAACGAAAGUUUACAACAAUACGACUGAUCUGAAUCUCAAGGAUGACGAGGACUAUACGUGGAAGAUACUGUUGGCAGUUGUUGUUGGGGUGGUUGUCACAAAUGUUCUCCUCGUUGUCCUGUUGUCUUUCUGCAUCAGAGCUUUCCCUGGGUCCCUGAUGUCUCACCCCUCGGUCGAGGCAAUCUUCAGUGAACUAGAUGACAGCAUGGCCACCAUUAAGUACCCUGUGACAGGGAACACCCAGACUCUUCACCCCAUAGCGCCACAAUACUCCUUCAGAGGAGCCAAUGACGUCACGGAAUGUUGAUCAUAUAGCUACUCUAGCGUAACUGACAUCGAUCUCACCCUCGCGAUCAUUACGGUAUCAUUACAGUAAUUCACGAACACCCGGUGUCAUCAAUGUUACCUUGUGUUCAGCGAAAAAACCGCAGCCACAAUUGAAAUAGUACAGUUUUUUGUGAACUCUCGGUGCCUUCACCACAGUAAUGAUUCGCGGUGUCAUCACUACAACACAUAACGAUUCGCGAACAUCUGGUGCCAUCACUACAACACAGUCAUUCGCGAACACCUGGUGCCAUCAAUCCAACCAAGUUAUUCGCGAACACCUGGUGCCAUCACUCUCACCAAGUUAUUCGCGAACAUCGGGUGCCAUCACUCCAACCAAGUUAUUCGCGAACACCGGGUGCCAUCACUCCAACCAAGUUAUUCGCGAACACCUGGUGCCAUUACUACAACCCAGUGUUUCGCGAACACCUGGUGUCAUCACUACAACACAGUGUUUCGCGAACACCUGGUGCCAUCACUGCAACCCAGUUUUUUCGCGAACACCUGGUGCUAUCACUCCAACAAAGUUAUUCGCGAACAUCUGGUGCCAUCACUCCAACCAAGUUAUUCGCGAACACCGGGUGCCAUCACUCCAGCCAAGUUAUUCGCGAACACCUGGUGCCAUCACUCCAACCAAGUUAUUCGCGAACACCUGGUGCCAUCACCACAACACAGUGUUUCGCGAACACCGGGUGUCAUCACUCCAACCCAGUGUUUCGCGAACACCUUGUGACAUCGUAACGCCAGUAGUGUCUUCGCGAGCACCUGGUGUUACAACGACAUCACUACAUCAUGUCACGGACACCCGGUGUUAUUUCUUGUGUACAUAACAUCACAUUGCUCGAAACUGUCUGCAUAAUGUGAUGACAUUAUUUUGGUCGUCCUAAACAAUGUCUAUUUCAUUCACGGAUUGUAUAUAUUGUCACCUAUCCUCUCAUCAGUGUUUACGCUAUCAUGUGGACAUACAGGAAGAUACAACAAGAUGUAGAAUGUAGAAUAUAAGUUUGUGCAUUCCUCUCCGUGUAUUCCUGUGUAGAUAACUGUAUAUGAUUGUGUAGAUACACUUACCAUAGAGCAUGUACAUAUUAUUCAAAUUCAUUGGACAGACACAUUCUGUUAAUAGCUAAGCCUUUCACUUAAGGAUUCAGCAUUAAAGCUCUGGGUGCCGUUGCAGAAAGCGAUCUUAGCGUUAAGGUGAUCGUAACUCCCAUACCUUAACAUAGACUUACGACAGUCGUAGAGCUGAGGUUGUUUCGUACAACGGCACCCUGGUCAAGUCAGAAAAUUAUGUCAGACCUUCAGAGGAAGUGACUAAAUAUGACAGUUGCUUGUCAACAUGACGCACAAUGCUAUCCCACACUACAUCUUUACAUGGAGUUUUGACACCUCCUUUCUAACUGGCCCUUAAAUGGGUCGGGUGGUCAGGCUUGGUGACUUGUGACCGCGCUCCCUGACUACGUGGAUCUUUGCUCAUGAUACUGAUCACUGGAUUGUCUGGUCCAGAUUCGUUUGCUUACAUGUCACCGUCGUAUGGCUGGGAUAUUGAUGAGUACAGCCUUAAGCAACAAACACUUAGUUUUUUCAGAGCUUUCCCUUUUCGCGAACACCUGGGUCCACUUGCACAAAGCGAUCUUAGCGCUAAGAUGAUCUCAACUCCCAUACUUUAACAUAGGCUUACAAUAGUCUUAGCGCUAAGAUCGCUUUGUGCAAGUGGGCCCUGGUAUCAUCACUCAUUUCAGUGAGGGACGGUGGGGUAGCAAAGUUGUAAAGCGUUCGCUCGUCACGCCGAUGACCCGGGGUACAGUGGGUACAGCGAGUGAAGCCGUGAUGUUGCUGGAAUACUGCUUAAAGCGGCGUAGAACAAUACUCACACUCUUACUUUCUGUGAUCCAGUCAUAUCAUUUUCAUCACUAGUUUUCCUCAUACGCCCACUGGAAUCUGUUUCGGCAGAUAACCGAGACUGGUUAUUUUCUGGCGUUGACGUAUUGAGCAGAUACGUACACUUGGUUGUACUUUUUAUCUGUGUUGGUAAGAAGAAUUAAAUGAAAAAUAAUUGCUUUUUUAAAACGUUAUUGUAGCAGGGCGAUCACGUACCUCUGACAGUGUCACAGUGACACACACGUUGUAAAUAUUAUGUCAUUUAAAAUACUUGUUGAUGUAAAUGAUUUCCCAGUGUAUAGAAUAAUACAAGGAUUCAUAUUGGUUAAUGUUUAUAUGACUGUA